ACACACUCCAAGUUCCUGAAGAGAGAAAGGAAAAGGAGAAGGAGGAGGACCCUUAAUCCUGAAAUCAGAGCAAUAGGAUUUUGGAAUCGUUCUAUAUUCUACUUAAAUCUGUUCUUAACUCAGGUAUCAAAUUGUAGUGUCUAAUCUCACCGGAGCAUCAUCGAUAAUUCGUCCGACUCUCUCGUUUUGGUGUUGCUACAAAGUGGCGGGAUGGAUAGAUUUGAUAGCCCUGCACGUCUUAUGCUAGUUUCGGAUCUUGACUUAACAAUGGUUGACCAUCAGUGUGAUGAAGACAACAUUUCACAGCUUAAAUUCAACGCUUUGUGGGAAUCCAAUUACCGCCAGGAUUCGUUGUUAGUUUUCUCGACGGGGCGUACGCCUGCAGUUUACAAGAGAUUAAAGAAAGACAAACCAAUGUUAACUCCAGAUAUAACUAUAAUGUCAGUAGGAACUGAGAUAGCAUAUGGUGAAUCUAUGAUACCAGAUAACGAUUGGGAGCAGUUUCUUAAUCAAAACUGGGAUAAAAGCAUUGUCACGGAGGAAACAGAUAAAUUUCCAGAACUGACUUAUCAGUCAGAGGCAGACCAGAGACAGUACAAGGUUAGCUUUUUUGUAGACAAAGAUAAAGCCAAUGGGGUGAUAAAGGCUCUCUCAGAGCGUCUUAAAAACCGUGGGCUAGACAUAAAAAUAGUUUUUAGUGGAGGAGAAGCUCUAGAUGUUUUACCAAAACGUGGCGGCAAAGGAGAAGCUCUUGCCUAUUUGCUUAAGAAAUUUGGUCAUGGAAAACAACCCUGCAAUACUCUUGUUUGUGGUGAUUCUGGCAAUGAUGCUGAACUCUUUGGUGUUCCAGAUGUAUUUGGUGUCAUGCAGGUAGGCAAUGCCAUGGAAGAACUUUUGCAGUGGCGCGAAGAAAAUGCAAAAAACAACCCUAAUAUAAUCCAUGCCACUGAGAGGUGUGCAGCCGGAAUCAUACAGGCUAUUGGUCAUUUUAAACUUGGUCCAAACCUCUCGCCUAGAGAUGUUCUGGAUUUCUCAAAGAGUAGCCUUGAGAUCACAAAUCCUGGUCAUGAAAUAGUAAAGUUCUACUUAUUCUAUGAGCGAUGGCGACGUGCAGAGAUCGCUGAGCCUGAACGGCAUAUUGAAAAUUUGAAAGAAAUCUUUUACCCGUCUGGAGUUCUUGUCAGUCCGUCUGGGCAAGAGCACCUGCUUCAUGACUAUUUGGAUCAAAUGACAAAGUUUUAUGGAGAUAAAAAAGGAAAACAGUUUCGGGUAUGGGUGGACCGUGUUACUUCUACCCAAAUUGGUUCAGACACAUGGUCUGUGAAGUUCGAUAAGUGGGAGUUAUCUGAUGAUGGACCAAAAGGGUGUACUUCCAAAGUUUUACUAAGCUCAAAGGUUUCUACAUCAGAUGGGUUUGUUUGGAUGCAUAUGCACCAGACAUGGUUGACUGGGUUGGGAGCGACGGAUCAGACUUACCUGCUGUUCUAGAUAAAGUCUGUCAUUGUUUAUCUUCCAUAUUUUGAUUCAUUAUUAAGCUAAACUUUGGCAUGACACAUUGUGGCACUGUAUGCGAGACCAGUUUCAUAUCUAUUAUUGUUGACUUUACAAAUAACUUGCUGCAUCUGCAAGCAUAAUUUGUUACAUUUGCAAGCAUAUGCUAUCGGGGAGUUCUAGAUUUUGUCGCUCUUUUUUU